UACAUUCUUCGCGUUAUCAACACCUCUGUAGACACAACUUGGAUCUUUAGCAUUGACAACCACAACUUCACCGUCAUGUCGACAGACUUUGUCCCCAUCCACCCAUAUGAAGUAGACCACAUCGUCAUCGGAAUUGGCCAACGUUACCACAUUGUUCUUAAUGCUACACCCACCAACACUACUAUCCUUCCUGCAUCACCUGAUGGAAAUUAUUGGAUCCGUACAGUAGGCGCGGAUAGAUGCAAGGGUUUCGAGCCUGGUAAUGAGCCUGAUGAGCGACAAGGUAUACUUCGGUACAACGCCUCCAGUACCUUGGUACCUACGACAUUCCGCCCAGCUUACAGCACAGCAUGUCGUGACGAGAAUUAUACCAUGCUUCAGCCGAUCUUGCCCUGGAAUGUUACACCCGUUGAGCUAGACAAUAAGAAAGGGCAAUGCUUUUCAGUGGUGGGCGUUUGGAGAGACCCAUUGUGGCUUAACUUUUCCAACCCGACUAUUCUCAAUCUCAACAAUGAUACAUGGGAUCCCAACUAUGCUGUUGAUCUUGUUGUUCCAGAUUCCAAGAAGGAUGAAUGGAUCUACAUUGCCAUCACUGCACCCCCAGCCCCGCUUGUCAACAGACCUGACAGGGUAUUUGCACCUGUGGCUCAUCCACUUCAUCUCCACGGCCAUGACUUUGCACUACUUGCACAAGGAACCAACUUUUCAGACCUCGACACAGGAAAUGUUAAACUCAAGUGGGACAAUCCGCCGCGACGUGAUGUAGCACUCAUCCCAGCAGGAGGCUAUCUUGUUGUCGCGUUCAAGGCUGAUAACCCUGGAUCGUGGUUGUUCCAUUGUCACAUCGCAUGGCAUGCAUCAAGUGGUCUGGCCAUUCAGAUUCUUGAACAGCAGGAAAGGCUCAAGUGGAUGAUGAAUAAUGAUAGGAUGAAGGAAGUGGAGAGAGUUUGCGAGAGGUGGAAUGAUUGGUUUGGAAAUAAGAGUAAUCUUUGGAACGCAGAACUCUUUCAAGAUGAUUCUGGAGUUUAG